GUCCCUGCACUACUAGUCCCAGCACUCCAUGUACUACUAGUCCCAGCACUCCUUGCACUACUAGUCCCAGCACUCCUUGCACUACUAGUCCCAGCACUCCUUGUACUACUAGUCCCAGCACCCUCUAUACUACUAGUCUUCUAAAUGAGCGCCAAUACGGAUGAUUUAUCAAUAUCAGACGCUGAAAAAGAAAGUCGGGAAGCUGGAGUAUGUCAAAUAAAUCUCAAGGAAGAGCGAGUGGCGUCCGGCAUUGCGGCUCCGAUAAGUAACACCAUGGAGAGAGAUAUUGACUCGGUGGAUCAACAUGUCCAUCCAUGCAGCUUUUGGGAUCCACCCUGAAGAGGACCUGCGUCAGCACUGAACCUGAGAACGUGAUGGAGAUAUUAGUGUAGACGCAGGACCCGAGUGUCCGACCGGAAGCAACAUGGAGAACGGCACCAAACUUGACAGUCCCACUAACAUCUCCUUGGCCAACAAGGACGUUGUUUCCACCAUGAUCGAGUACAAAGCCAUCUCUGUGUUUCUUGUGCUGUUGAUUUGUGGCGUUGGUAUAAUCGGGAACAUUAUGGUGGUCCUGGUGGUCUUCAUAACUCGGGACAUGAGAACCCCCACCAACUGUUAUCUGGUCAGCCUGGCAGUGGCGGACUUGAUGGUCCUGGUGGCAGCUGGACUGCCCAAUGUAUCAGACAGCCUGGCGGGAACAUGGAUAUACGGGCACGCUGGAUGUCUCGGGAUAACCUACUUCCAGUAUUUAGGGAUCAACGCCUCCUCCUGCUCCAUCACGGCCUUCACCGUUGAAAGGUACAUUGCCAUUUGCCACCCUAUGAAAGCGCAGACAGUGUGCACGGUGUCCCGCGCCAAGCGCAUCAUCGCCGUCGUCUGGGUCUUCACCUGCAUUUACUGCAUGCUGUGGUUCUUCCUCGUGGACAUUCAAGUGAACAGGAACCAGCAUGUGGAAUGCGGCUACAAAGUCUCCCGCAACCUCUACCUGCCCAUUUACUUCACCGACUUUGCCAUCUUUUACGUGAUCCCGCUGUUCGUGGCCACCAUCUUGUAUGGGCUGAUUGGUCGCAUCCUGUUUCUCAGUCCAAUCCCCAGUCACCCUGAGAGCGGCACGGAGAGAUGGAGGGAGAAAAGCAGCAAGGAAAAAAACGGGGCUGAAUCCGACAGCAACAGGAUGAAUAACCGAAACCGACCUAAGGGGGCGCUAUCCUCCAGGAAACAGGUUACCAAGAUGUUGGCAGUGGUGGUCGUUCUCUUUGCUCUUCUCUGGAUGCCCUAUCGGACUUUAGUUCUAGUGAACUCUUUUGUGGAGAAUCCAUACUUGGACCCCUGGUUCCUUCUGUUCUGUCGCAUCUGUGUUUAUGCCAACAGUGCCAUCAACCCUGUCAUCUACAACCUCAUGUCUCAGAAGUUCCGCACAGCUUUCAAAAGGUUGUGUAAGUGUGGCCAGGUGGAGACCCAGAGGAGAAACACGUACAUGGCCACCACCAACUACAGCAUGGUUCGGGAUCCCAGCAAUGCCAGGCCUGAGAAGAAGGAAAUGCCACCACAAGAGAACCCAACCAUUGUACCCAAACAAUCCGACAAGCCGAAGGUGGAAGGGGAAUUAUAUUACAGCGUUGUCUAAACUCACCGUUUGCUCUAAACUCCAUACUACUAACAGCAAAGGUGAAGAUCUACUGUAGGUACAAAAAGCCACUGGUGACUAUAGAACCUCAGGGGCGGGGACUCUCAGAGCAGACAAGAAGAGCCAGGAUUCUGAACCCCCUGACAGUCCUGACAAUGUGUGCAGCCCAUCUUCAUGUGAAAGAACAUUGUCAUAGUGACACAAACAUGGCUUCAAUAUUACCUUACUUCAGAGCUGUAGAUUAGGUCUUAAAAUUGGCCCUGUGUGGCCCCAGGUCCCUUCUACUGCCUCUGUUACCAUUUCUAUAGCUCUUUGGCCUCUGAGAGUUGUGGCAUGAUGGGGCAGUGGUGUUUCUGUAGGUACAUUACAGUGAGUGAGCCACCAUGGAUGCUCCUCAAACACCUGCAGAAGAUGGGGCCCUAACUGAUUUUAUUAUAGGGCCCAACUUCUUCACUGUAUGUUCUUGGUGACCAACAUUUUGCAUCCUCUGACUGCUUUCUAUGGUCUUAUCUUUAUAUGAAAUGUUUGGUUGUGUAAGUGUCUAUGAGAGUCCUUAUAUUCCUUAUAUUCAAGAUCAUAAUGGUGCAAAUCUCCAUAGAUCGAGAGAGGGGAGCUCUGCCCAUCAGUCUGAUUGUUCCAUGUCGCCAUCUAUGAAGAGCUGUUGUAGUUAUAUGCCACAUGUGAUCCCUCCCAGCCUUUCUGAUUGGCUGAGAGGGUGCACAGAGGGAGGGGCUUGUGGGACAAGUCAUUUUUCCAGCCCCUGAGGGGCACUUUGUGAGGGAUUUCAUUGGGUGCACCCUCCAUUUUAGAUAUGACGGACUGGCGACGGGUCUCAAUGCUUCAUGUGGGCAGAGUUAUCUUCAUGCCUUGGUUUUUGUCCCCCGGGUAUAUUGUUUUGCUAUUUCCACUUAAUAUAUCAGAGCUCGUAGCUGACGCCGACCAUGAUAUCUCGGAGACCUGGAAGAAGCCUUGAUGUUUUAUCCAUUGAUCUUUCCUGCUCAGCACAUGGAUCUCUGCUCUUUAGUAAAAAGAGAAAUGAACAUUUGAAAGGGUUCGAUGACACAGCGGCUGCUGCUUCAGUUCUCUGACGUAAAUGACGAUUGAAAUCCGCACCAGCAGUGAGGCGCUGGACUGCUGGAGGAGGCGCUUAGUUUGGUGAGGCUUCCGCCAGCCUCACCAGAAAAGUCUUGACAAAUGCCUCCCAUGCCUUGUAGGACUAGCCCAGCUGAAUGUAAUGGUGGAGAUGCCCUUUUAAUCCAUAUGCACAUGAACAGUUAAGUGCACCGAGGGCGGGUCCAGGACCUUUCUGUGCACUCCGGCUCCUCUCCCAGCCCCUCCUUCUCUUUCCUGAUUGACAGGUUCCUAUAUAGUCCUCUCACCCGGCUUUGUCUCCUUUGUCAAGGAGAGGGAGGGGCGGGGGUGCACAGAGAGUAAUUGGGGGUCCCCACACCCUCAGCCAGGGGCGUAGCUAUAGGGAAAGCCACUGCUUUGGGGCCCAUCCAGGAGGAGGACAUUGGCAGGGCCCCCUCAGCAGUAUAAUGCAAUGACAUUAUAUACAGAGAAACUGUAGAAAACGGACGGAGCGGUUGCCGGACCUCGUCAGAGAGAGCGAUCUUGAAUAGCCACAGAAGUGGGGGUUGAGAAGAAUUUGCUAGGGUGGGGGGCCCCAUUAAAAUAUUUUUUGCCGUCAGCACAAAGCAUCAAUGACGGCAUAAUGAAAAGCUCUGCUCCUUUAGAAUGUGCAGUCUGCUGAUAGUUUGUUACAGUGUAUCAGUGCAGGCAAGCCUUCUAAUAUGCCCAGUUCUAGCCCCUGGAUGGAAAGAGGACUGUCCCUGUUCGCUGCAGGAGUCUCCUUGAUGCAAUGAUUAGGAUUUAUUUGCAGAGGGCCGGACGCCCCUUUAGCAGCAGACCAUCAUCUGGUUCACGCCGAGCCUUUCACGCUGAAUCUUACGUAUUAAGGCUACAUGCACACGACUGUGUUCUGCGGUCCGCAAAUUGCUGAUCUGCAAAAAAGGAUGCCAUCCGUUUGUGUUUUUUUGAUCCAUUGUAACAAACGGACAAGAAUAGGACCUGUUCAAUCUUUUUUGUUGGGCUACGGAACGGACAUACGGAUGCGGACAGCACACGGUGUGUCGUCCUCAUUUUUUGUGGACCCAUUGAAAUGAAUGGGUCCGCAUCCUAUCCGCAAAGAAAAACGGAACGGACACGGAAACAAACAACGUUCGUGUGCCUGUAGCCUACUUGAUGUCGCCUGUCAGAUUAUAGAUAUCGCUCAUCAUGGUGAAUAGCAAUAAUCCGGGGGUCCAUGAGAGGUGGUUGUACAGCUUCCUUCUGUUCUUGGGGAUGGGUCACAAUUUGAUGAAGUCAUUUUUCCGAGAUAAGCGGCACCAUCCCCUUCCAUGGACAGUCAUAGGUACAUAUCCUGCGCAGCGCACCCUGUCCCUUCAUACAACAUCACAUUAGACCGAUCCCAUGAGGGGCUGCGCAGUCACACGGCUUACACUAUACACAAGACUCACUUAGUGCAAGGAAAUGUCAAUGUGAUGUCAUUGCAGGUCACACAGCUAUUCAUUGACAGUUAUCAGAGGUGCAUAUACUGGAUUUGACAUGAACAGAAAAGUUAGUGAACCCUUUGGAAUGACCUGGAGUUCUGCACUGUUUACUAAUGUGGACUGAUUGUAUCUAAGACACAAUGUGACGGAAUCAAACAGAGCGUCUCAGGUGACACCAUUAAGGAAGCUGCAGCUCUGAGAAAAAUCCUUGUGUCCUGCGUCAAAUAUGUACAAAUGCAGAGCGCUAUGGAUGGGGGAACAAGAACUCUGCACCCCAACACCAAAAUAUUCCUUCUGUGACGCAUGGUCAUAGGUGCAUCAUGGUUUAGGGCUGGUGGAGGGCCCUCAUAGUUUGGGGCUGGUGGA